AGAGGACCCGAUUUCCUGUAGAGACGGAAAAGAUGGCGGAUCGGCUAACGCAACUUCAAGACGCAGUCAAUUCGCUCGCUGAUCAGUUCUGUAACGCCAUCGGCGUUCUGCAGCAAUGUGCUCCACCUGCCUCUUUCAGUAACAUCCAGACGGCCAUCAACAAGGAUCAGCCUGCAAACCCCACUGAAGAAUACGCUCAACUGUUUGCAGCUCUGAUAGCGAGGACAGCCAAAGACGUGGACGUUCUGAUCGACUCUCUUCCCAGCGAGGAGUCUACGGCGGCCCUGCAGGCGGCCAGCCUCCGUCAGCUGGAGGAGGAGAACCACGACGCGGCGGCCCGUCUGGAGGAGGUGGUGUACCGCGGCGACAUGCUGCUGGAGAAGAUCCAGAAUGCUCUGGCCGACAUCGCCCAGUCGCAGCUGCGCACCCGCAACGGCGCGCUCAGCCAGCCUUCACCGGCCGAGUCCUGACAUCACUUCCUGUCACCAACGGACACUUUCGGGGUUUUUUUUGUUUUGUUUUAUCCCACAUGGCGGAUGUUUAUUUUUUCAAAAAUGUAAAGAACUCUCCACUGCCGAACCGUGUGUCUGGGAUGAACAACACUAGAUUCUCCAAUAUAGUUUAAAGUUAAAAGCAUUAUUUUGAAAUCAAAUAAUUGAAGUCAUUUCUGAAUUGCAUUUUUUUAUUUAUUUUUUUGGCUGGCAUAAAUAAAAAAAAAAAAGCUGUUUAUUCGGACCCCAGCAACACGUCCGCUGUGUUAUACAUGUAGAUUCUAUGUUGUACAUCUAAUUUGUUGUUUUGUUUGACAAUAUUCUGCUUUUUGACAAAUGUAAAUACUUCAGUCUGCUUUGAAAAAAGUUACAAUGUAAAUAUGUGAUUAAAAAUGCAGAGCAGCAUUUCCGUUAAAGUCAAUACUUUAUUUAAUCUCAUGAAUAUUUCAUGGAUCAGAUCUGUAUAGCGUCACAUUUUUCUUUCGUCUUUUCCAAAUGAAUGAUGGAUUCACUUCUGUGCAACGAUAAACGUCACUGCUUGAAAGCAUG